UUCCUCUUCAUAUAAUCCAAAUAGUCAAGUGGUUGUGAAUGGUAUGGUCCAAGGGGAGUGUAAAAUAUUGUCUGGUCUUGGAGUCUGCGUAGUGAAUGGCUCGCUAAAGCUGGCGCAUGCGCACCUGUCAGAGGCAGUGCAAGAUGGCUGCCAGCCACUUGGUUGUGCUUCGGGGCCCCGAGGAAUCGGCGGCGGCGGCUCCAGAAAGUAACAGUGGCCGCUGAGCGGUGGGAGUUUCCCGGCCUUGUUAUGUGAGCUGGAUAGCCCCAAGUGGGAGACCUCGCUGGGAAGCAAAAGGCGGGGCGGCGGUGUAACCCCUCCCCCAACCUCUCCUUAGUUUGACCAGUUCCCUCGCCCUCCCCUCCCCUCCCCGUUUUUCCUCCCAGUCCGCUACACGCUGAUGUGCUGCGCAGGCGCACAAAUAAUUGAAGCGCUUCCUUGGCCCUGAGGGCUUGCGCGCUGCUGCGCGCGCUUCUGGUUCUUCUCCCUUGAUUGGUCAGAUUGCCCCGCCAUGACACCUCCCUCUGCUCUCUAGGUUGAGAAGGAAGCGGGGGGCGGGGCCAAGCGGCGCGUGCGCGAUACUGUUGCUGUCCCUUUGCUGCUAUUGCGUUGCAAAAAAAAAAAAAAAUUCUGACUAGGUAGCCUUGGGCCUUUUCUGUGCUAGAGGAUCUAAAGGAGAGAAAAAGAUUUCUGCAACCGAAGGGGCAGUCGGGUAGUAUUAAAUUUAAGAUAUUAACGCCCGCCCUAACAGGAGUGUGGGGAUAGGAGUGGGGAAGGGCCUUCGCGUAGAGAGCCCAAGAGUAUAAAACCAUUAGUUUGGGGGCCAGGCGUUUUGAAAGGCUUUGCAAGGACCUGUUUUCUGCGUAAUUCUUCCCUGAUUACUGACUGGUUUAAACACAACCCCUUGAACAAUUCUGAUAAACCUUCGAAACCCGCAGCCCCUCCUAGUAGCGUGUAGGAGCCGCCAGCGUGCCCAGCAGCUGGCCUGCCGAUCCUACCUCCAGAAGAGCCUAGCGCGUGCACCACCCCCACCCCCUGGCCUCCUUCCCCACCUACGGCUUUCACGCACUCGCAGUGAUUGUUUUGCCCGCUCCCGCCGCCGCCACCGCCGCGCCGCCGCCGCCGCCGCCGCCGCCGCCGCCGCCAGAGGAGCAGCAGCGCUUGUGCAAACCGGGAAGAUGGCGGCCGGCGGCGGCGGAGGCAGCAGUAAGGCCUCCUCCUCGUCGGCCUCUUCGGCAGGGGCUCUGGAGUCCUCGUUGGAUCGAAAAUUCCAGUCGGUAACCAACACCAUGGAAUCUAUUCAAGGCCUGUCGUCUUGGUGUAUCGAGAACAAGAAACACCACACUACUAUCGUCUACCAUUGGAUGAAGUGGCUCCGGAGAUCUGCCUAUCCCCACCGUUUGAAUCUCUUUUACCUUGCCAAUGAUGUCAUACAGAACUGUAAAAGGAAAAACGCAAUCAUAUUCCGUGAAUCGUUUGCUGAUGUACUUCCUGAAGCAGCUGCUCUGGUGAAGGAUCCAUCUGUCUCUAAGUCAGUAGAACGCAUCUUUAAAAUCUGGGAAGAUAGAAACGUAUACCCAGAAGAAAUGAUUACGGCAUUAAGAGAAGCUUUGAGUACCACUUUCAAAACUCAGAAGCAGAUGAAAGAAAAUCUGAACAAACAACCGAAUAAGCAGUGGAAGAAAUCACAAACAUCCACGAAUCCAAAAGCUGCUCUCAAGUCUAAGAUAGUUGCUGAAUUUCGAUCUCAGGCGCUCAUUGAAGAGCUGUUGCUAUACAAGCGCUCAGAAGAUCAGAUCGAAUUGAAGGAGAAGCAGCUGUCGACUAUGAGGGUGGAUGUGUGUAGUACAGAAACUCUCAAAUGCUUAAAAGAUAAGACAGGUGGGAAGAAAUUCUCCAAGGAAUUUGAAGAAGCAAGCGCCAAGCUGGAGGAAUUUGUGAAUGGAUUAGAUAAGCAGGUGAAAAAUGGGCCCUCACUAACAGAAGCACUGGAAAAUGCUGGAAUUUUCUAUGAAGCACAGUACAAAGAAGUAAAAGUGGUGGCCAAUGUAGAGGACAGGAAGGAAAAACCUGUGGAGAAGUCGGCUGUUUCCACUUCUGUACCUACAAAGCCAACAGAAAGUACCCCAAAGGCGUCUUCGUGUACCCCAGUGCCUGUGACCGUGGCAGCAACCCCGCCUCUCCCAAAGCCUGUGAACCCUCCUCUUCUGGCCCCUUCUCCAGCCCUGGCUCUGCCAAACCUGGCUAAUGUGGAUCUGGCAAAGAUCAGUUCCAUCCUUAGCAGCCUGACGUCAGUCAUGAAAAACACUGGGGUCAGCCCUGCAUCAAGACCGUCCCCAGGAACGCCUGCCAGCCCUGGAAGCCUCUCCAGCGGCCUGAAAACACCUGCACCUGCCACGACUGCGGCGCACAACCCUCUGGCAAACAUCCUCUCGAAGGUGGAGAUCACCCCAGAGAGCAUUCUGUCUGCUCUUUCCAAAACCCAGACACAGUCGGCCCCUGCCCUGCAAGGCCUGUCUUCUUUGCUGCAGAGUGUUACUGGGAAUCCAGUUCCAGCCAGUGAAGCUGCGCCCCAGAGCACUUCAGCUUCCCCGGCCAACACCACAGUCCCCAGCAUAAAAGGAAGAAAUGUGCCCUCCAACGCCCAAUCCUUUAUUCCCAAAAGCUUCAACUAUUCUCCUAACUCAUCAACAUCUGAAGUCUCUUCAUCUUCAGCCAGCAAGGCCUCAAUUGGGCAAAGCCCAGGGCUCCCAAGCACCACUUUCAAGCUCCCGUCCAACUCCCUGGGGUUCACAGGUGCCCACAAUACCAGCCCUGCUGCCCCGCCUCCUGAGGUCGCCAUGUGCCAGUCUUCAGAGGUCUCCAAGCCAAAGCUGGAGUCCGAGCCCACCUCCCCGAGCCUGGAAAUGAAAAUCCACAACUUCUUAAAGGGCAACCCUGGUUUCAGCGGCUUAAACCUAAACAUCCCCAUCCUGAGCAGUUUGGGGGCCGGCGCCCCAGCAGAAAGCCAUCCCCCGGACUUCCAGCGUGGCCCGACUAGCACCUCCAUCGACAACAUCGAUGGAACCCCCGUGCGGGAUGAACGGAGCGGGACGCCCACCCAGGACGAGAUGAUGGACAAGCCCACCUCCAGCAGUGUGGACACCAUGUCCCUGCUUUCGAAGAUCAUUAGCCCGGGCUCUUCGACGCCCAGCAGUACGCGGUCACCGCCGCCUGGGAGAGAGGAAAGCUACCCCCGGGAGCUCGCCAACUCUGUCUCUACGUAUCGACCCUUUGGCCUGGGCAGUGAGUCGCCCUAUAAGCAACCUUCGGAUGGAAUAGAGAGACCAUCUUCCCUGAUGGACUCUUCACAGGAAAAGUUCUAUCCAGAUACUUCUUUCCAGGAAGACGAGGAUUACCGAGAUUUUGAGUAUUCGGGGCCUCCACCCUCUGCCAUGAUGAACCUAGAGAAGAAACCAGCCAAGUCCAUCCUGAAAUCAAGCAAGGUUUCUGAUACCACGGAGUACCAGCCAAUCCUGUCCAGUUACAGCCACAGGGCCCAAGAAUUCGGGGUCAAGUCUGCCUUCCCUCCAUCUGUCAGGGCCCUUCUGGACUCGAGUGAGAACUGUGGCCGGCUGACCUCAUCCCCUGGGCUGUUUGGUGCCUUCAGCCUCAGAGGGAACGAACCUGGGCCUACCCGCUCGCCGUCACCGAGUAAGAGCGAUUCGUUUUUCACCCCCGACUCCAACCACAAUAGCUUGUCUCAGCCCGCCACUGGGCACCUCGGUUUGCCACAGAAGCAGUACCCAGACUCGCCUCACCCAGUCCCACAUCGUUCCCUUUUCUCUCCGCAGAACGCCCUUGCUGCCUCCACGGGCCACCCACCCACGUCAGCCGUGGAGAAAGUCCUGGCCGCCACCAUUUCCACCACCUCGACCAUUGAGUUUAAGAAUAUGCUUAAAAACGCCUCACGGAAGCCCUCCGAAGAGAAGCAUUUUGGCCAGGUCCCCAGCAAGGGUGCGCCCAGCGAUGGCGUCAGCCUCUCAAGCCUCGCCCAGCCCAGCCUGCCCGCCACGGAUCAGCAGCAACAAGAAGAGCACUUCCGCAUAGAGACCCGCGUGUCCUCCUCCUGCUUAGACUUGCCUGACAGCACCGAAGAGAAAGGGGCGCCUAUCGAAACCUUGGGUUACCGUAACGCAGCCAAUAGGAGGAUGUCCGGGGAGCCGAUACAGACUGUAGAGUCCAUCCGCGUUCCCGGGAAGGGAAGCAGAGGACAUGGGCGUGAGGCUUCACGGGUGGGUUGGUUUGAUCUGAGCACCUCGGGCAGCUCUUUUGACAAUGGCCCCUCAAGUGCCUCUGAGCUGGCAUCCCUUGGGGGUGGGGGCAGCGGAGGCCUCACUGGCUUUAAAGCGGCACCAUACAAGGAUCGGGCACCCCAGUUUCAGGAAAGUGUCGGCAGCUUUCGUUCCAACAGUUUCAACUCAACAUUUGAGCAUCAUCUCCCCCCGUCCCCUUUGGAACACGGGGCACCCUUCCAGAGAGAGCCAGUGGGGCCGUCAUCUGCCCCACCUGCCCCUCCUAAGGAUCACGGUGGUAUCUUCUCUCGAGAUGCACCCACGCAUCUACCCUCUGUGGAUCUUGCGAACCCCUUCACAAAGGAGGCCGCCUUGGCCCAUGCUGCCCCGCCCCCUCCUGGAGAGCACAGCGGGGUCCCUUUCCCCACCCCACCCCCUCCUCCACCCCCGGGGGAACAUAGCAGCAGUGGUGGGAGCGGUGUCCCCUUUUCUACUCCACCUCCUCCUCCCCCUGUCGACCACUCUGGGGUCGUGCCCUUCCCAGCCCCACCACUGGCAGAGCAUGGAGUGGCAGGGGCAGUGGCAGUGUUUCCCAAGGACCAUGGUUCCCUCCUUCAAGGGACCCUGGCUGAUCAUUUUGGGGUGCUCCCAGGACCCAGGGACCAUGGGGGCCCCGCCCAACGGGACCUCAACGGCCCUGGCCUUAGCCGUGUGCGAGAGAGCCUGAGCCUGCCUGCCCAUUCUCUGGAGCACCUGGGCCCGGCCCAUGGAGGAGGAGGUGGGGGAGGCAGCAACAGCAGCAGUGGCCUCCCCUUGGGUCCCUCACACAGAGACACCAUCAACCGGAGUGGUAUGAUUUUGCGGAAUCCCCGGCCCGACUUCCGGCCUAGGGAGCCUUUUCUCGGCAGAGACCCGUUCCACAGUUUAAAGAGACCCAGGCCCCCUUUCAUUAGGGGCCCUCCGUUCUUUGCACCAAAACGCCCAUUCUUCCCUCCCAGGUACUGAUGGAAACCAAGGGAAAGGCAUUUUGAACAGUCUAGAGAGCAUUGGAAGUAGGAGUUUGGUUUAUUGUUGUUUUUGUUUCCCUCCUUUGAUUUAUUAUUAUUAUUUUUUUACUAUGACAAAGGGCCUCCCUUCCAAAGUAAAAAGUCAUAUAUGCUUACAUUUCACUAUUCCAUCCAGUCCCCCCUCCCACUGCACUUAACUACCUUCCCCAAGUUGUUUGUAUUUUAAAGAGGGUGGGACCGGGGGGCAGGCAAAGAAACACAACCAAAGCCACUUCCUUUGGCUGGGGGUUUGACGGGCGGGGAAGAAAACCAGUCUUACUUUACCCCAUCUCCUGAAGAGUAUUAUUACAUUUGAAAUAAAACUUCCAUCAGUACAGAUCAUAACGUGCAAUGUUGGGAUGUUAUUUGGGGCUUGGCUUAUCAGUAGUCCAUGGAGGGGUUCCUGGCCCCUUCUGUCUCCAGCUAAGUUAACAGCUGUAACAAGCUUGGCUCCCUUCCCUGUAUGCUCCCUGCUGGCAGCCAAGAGAUACUGCUGAGAGGAAAUGUGGGAGUCCUUGGACCCGUCAAGCUGUUUUGUUUUGUUUUUAAAGGCAUGUUGAAGUUAAGUUCUCUACCGAGUUUCUCCUAAAAUUUUACAAAAAAGAAAAAUCAGCCUCUUCUAAAGUGCUGUCAGGCAGUAAUUGGGGGAGAUACAAACCUCAUUCUGUCCUAGUCAGAAAUUUUCCCUCUUUAUCCUUGGGAUGGAAGAGAGGGAGCUGGAUGUAAUUUCGAGAUUAAAAUAAGGAGUAACUGCAGUGUGCAACGUUAGAGAAAGGAGCCCUUCACACGUCACCGUGUGAAGUGACCUGCCCGUCCUUCAGAAACGUCCUUGAGGGAGCGUCACCCGUCUUGCACCAAGCUUCCUGCUUUUCUCACCUGACUUUCUUUUUCUCCCUCAGUUUUCACUUCUCUGCCCAGCACGUCACUACAGUUGGCAGUUGUUACAAAGGUGCGUGCGACUGCAGCGUUACCCCUGUGUUUUUGAUGGAAGUAGACAUUUUUACCACGGUGCCUCCCUGACAUAAGUGACCCCUGUUGGUGGUUUUCAGCAACGUUGACUAUUAGGGAAAGGAAAUAUUUGUCUUUUAAUCUUUCCUCUCGCCUUGUCCUGCCCCGUAUUCACCCAUACUCUUGGUAUUUCAAAGGAGGUGGUUCAGUAGCAUCUUUCUUUAGAUUGUACCUCUUCAGAUGUGUCUGAGUAGCGAGUGGGUUUCUCUUUACAGAGAAACGGGAGCACCUGGUAAAUUGAAAUGCACCCCACUCUGCAGAAAGCAGCCUGUCACGUGUCUAGGAUCCUUGUCUAGGAUCCUUACCUCCCGGUCCCAACAGGAAAUAUGAAUGUUUCUGCCCUUAGUCAUUUCACAUGACAGAGAAGUUCUUUUCUUUUCCCUGAACUGAAAGGCUGCUUAUUUGUAUUUCUGCAACUAGUCCUGGGAAAAAGACAAUCACCGCACUUUUGAGUGUUUAUAUCUUUAUAUCUAGGACACCGAAAAGCAACUGUUGUUUUACUAUUAUUUCUUAUUAGUUAGUGUCUUACCCCAAGGCACACACUGGUAAUCUCCAGCUAGAUGAGUAAAACUGUGUGUGGAGUUUUUGAGACUCCUGGUAAGUUUCAUAUUUUUCUCCCAAGUUAGCACGGCGUAGAACUGACUGUAGGAAGUGUGGGGGUGCUUUGGUUUCCUGCAGACAGUAAAGUUGGGGGGGCAUGGCCAGUGUAGGGACCGAAGGUGAUUCUUUGUCUCAGAAUAAACUUGCUUUUCAGAGAAAAAUCAGCUUAAGCCAGGCGUGCGUCAUAGUUUGGGAGUUUCGUGUAAUUUAUUCCAUGUUAUUUAUUUGGGCUCGACGUGUGUUCUGUGGUUAGGAUGCUGCAAUUCAUUCGUCUCCCUAAUGCAUUUCUGGUCCUACGCCUACUAACUGUUCUUUCUUUGACCCUCUCAAGCCUCUACCCUGUAGCUCUCCCCACAAAAAUGCAUGAGACCAUGACCUUGUAUGUGGGAUAGGGUAUAUAGCGUAGCAAAGCAAGGCAACAGUAUAGUUACCUUGAGUCCUAAGACAUUUGUUUAGGGAAAAGUUUGAGAGACUGGGAGUGGGUAGGGGGAUGGGGGGGGGAUUCUAUUUGGCUCAAAACUGAAACAAUUUUUUUUCUUUUUUUUUUUUUUGCAGAAAUUAGGUGGGGUGUUUUUCAUUCUAGAGUAAAAGAAUGUGAAUUCUUUCUGCUGCUCUUGUUUAAGCUAAAAGUAGUGUUUACUUGAAAAGGCUCUCUGACCAUUCGGUUUUAUCAGAAAAUGUGGGGCUGUCAGGGAAGUGGCUUCUUGAAUGUUGGGGCAAGGUAAUUGUCCUCAGAAGUGUGAUGGCUAACACGUGAAAGGAAGACCUUGUACGGUUUAUAAAAGAUAGACUUUUUUAAGGGUCGGGUUUUUUUGGUGGGCGUUUCGUUUUUUAAGCCACAAAAUCCUCAGCGCACUUGUUUCGGGAUGGAAGCGAGGAUUUGUUUGUGACUGUCAGCUGUUAACUUCAUUUUACUGUCUACAGCAGGAAAUGAAGACGAUAAUGUAUAUAUGUGACAUAGCGAAACAAAAAAGACCAUUCUGGCACUUAUACCAUGAAACAAAGGGGUUUGAUUCUUUCUGUGUCUGUGAUUUAAAACUCGGUGCCCAUGCUCUGACUUUUGUAUUUCAACCUGAGUUUAAAAAAAAUAAACAAGAUAUUUUUUAAAGAAAGCAGAACAUAGUGUGUCUUGGCAAGGACAUGAUUCAUGAAAGCAUAUGCGAAGUUGUUUCUGAGGUCUUGGUGCUCACUGUGAAGUCACAGAUAGAAUCGGUGGGGGUCGCGAAUACACUGGUACCUUCAAACUCAGCGAUAACAGCAUCAGAAAUAGUCCUUAGGGGUUUCGGAAGCCUUGACUCUUCGGUCAGCUCGGAUGGAAGCGCUCCCUGCUUGCCUCUGCCCUCCCACAGUCUGAGAGCAAGGAGGAUUUGGUUUGAUUCCAGGAAGGGUAAAAAUGAUCAGAGUAGGACUUCCAUCCUUUCCGGUCCCGGGAAUACAAUGUCUGUGAUAUGUAUGGUACCGCAAACCUAUCUAGAUAAUGUGAAUACGCUCAACUUCCUAACUGCAAAAUAUUCACUAUCCUGAAGUUACUGGUUCAUGCAGAAUUAAGCUUCAGCUGUUAUUGUUUUGAAGCCGCUGUAAAUUACUGCUUCCCUCCCUCCCUUCUUCCUUCCCUCCCCCCUCUUGAAUGGGGGGGGGUGCCUGUUAUGAUUAAAAUUAGACAUGUUGGAUUGAUACUCUCACGUGUUCGGUGUGGAAAACAAAACAAGUACAUGCUUUAGAGGCAACAACAAUGAAAUCCUUUUGAAAUGUGUAUUAAUAUCAUUUAAUAAAAUAACUAGUUCUAAA